AUGGCUGCAGUCGCAAACCAGCACCAGCAGCCACUUCCGGCCUCAAGCAAUGCUCGCAACUCGCCCGCAUCCACCGCCGAGUACUCUCGCGACUCCCCUCCGCAAGAUGGAGGAAUCGUUCCUCCACCGCCGCCGCCACUUCCCGCAAACGCUCCCGUACAACCCCCGGCAAAAGGCAAAGCGAAGGGCAAGAAGGGCGGGAACAGCUCUACAGAUCCAUCAGAUGCGCAAAAAGCACUCCUGUCGAAGAUUCACCAGCUCGAGGCAGCCAGCACCGAGGAUGCGCAUCAGAAUGCCGAGAUCGAGGCCGAGGUCAAGAAGGCGAAUCGCGAUCUCUCGCAACUGCUCAACACGCUCGAGCCGCACAACAGCAAGCUCGACAUCCUGCAGCGGAAGUACAGCGAGCUACUGUCUGACAUGAAGAGAGUGGAGCGAGAACAUGUCAAGGCGAAGAAGAGGGGCGACCAGCUGCAGAAGGAGAAGGAGGAGAUUGGAAAGGAGAGGACGCGGGAGAGAGGACUGAAGGAGAAGCUGGAGAAGCUGAGCAGGGAGUUGACCCGGGAGAACAAGAAGCUGAAGGACGACUACCGCGACCUGAAGGAGAAUUCGGCCAACAGGAAUGACGAGUUGCAUCAGAAGCUGGAGAACCUCGUCCUCGACGUGAACGAGGUCGUCUCCGAGACGCGCGCGCCGGAGCGGCAGAGUCCCGAAUUGGAGCAGGACCGGCUGUUCCGCGAGAAGUUCACGUCGUUUCUCCACCAAUACGAGCUACGCGAGCUCCACUUCCAGUCGCUGCUGCGGACGAAGGAGCUGGAGAUGCAGUAUCAGAUCGCGCAGCACGAGGCUCUCAAGAAGGCGCAGGCGAGCGAGUUGUCGAAGAGCCACCAGCUGACGCGGCAGGUCAGUACCUUCAGCCAGACGGAGAACGAGUUGCGCGGUCAGCUGAAUGUGUACGUGGAGAAGUUCAAGCAGGUAUGUGUGCGCUGCUGUCCGGCAAUGGUGUGGCUGAUUAUAGUCUGUCCUGGUAACUGACUGACCCUCCAGCAGGUGGAAGACACACUGAACAACAGCAACGACCUGUUUCUCACUUUCCGGAAGGAGAUGGAGGAGAUGUCCAAGAAGACUAAGCGUCUGGAGAAGGAGAAUCUCAACCUGACCCGCAAGCAGGAAGCGACGAAUAAGAACAUCUUCCAGAUGGCCGAGGAGCGAUCGCAGAGCCAGCAGACGAUCGAUCGGCUGACGAGAGAGAACGAGAAGCUGAAGAAGCUGUGCCGGGCCAUGCAGUCGCAAGGCUACGGUGGAGCGAAUAUGCAAGGACUACAGCCCCAUCACGGUGGGGAUGCGCAUGGUGGCGCAGACGAGUUUGACGAAGGCUUGGAGGGCGAGACGGAGAGUGAGUACGAGGAUGAGGAGUACGACGAGGACGAGGAGGGCGAGUACGACGACGACGACACGGAGGAAGAGGCGAUGCUAGAGGUCAUCGAGCCGCCGCGGAGAACGUACGGUCCGCCUCCUCCACCUCCCGUCGAGCCGGCCGAGUUGGUGAAUGGCAAGAUGAACGGAGUCAACGGAAUGAAGCACUAA